AUGAAAAAACCGGAAAAAAGAUCAUACCGUAACGGAACUGGACCUCUCGACAUUCCGUUUUGCGGCAGACGUCUAAGCAUCGGCGUUUAUGGAGCAGUGAUGAACAUAAAUCGUGGGAAUCCCUUUCAAAAGGAAGUGGUGUUGGAUUCAUGGCCUGACUUCAAAGCCAUCAUCACACGGCGGCAGAAAGAGGCUGAGACAGACAACCUGGACCAUUAUACUAAUGCCUAUGCUGUGUUCUACAAAGAUGUCAAUGCUUACCGACAGCUGUUGGAAGAACAUGGUGUUAUCAACUGGGAUCAAGUUUUUCAAAUACAGGGGCUGCAGAGUGAAUUACAUGAUGUUUCCAAAGCUGUUGCUGACUCAAAGCAGGUGGAUGUAAAGCUAGCUUCCUUCAAGGCCACUUGCUUACCUCCGAUUUCAGCUGCAGACACCAGUUUCUUAAUGAAUUCUUCCCUACAACUAACCUACCUGAGUGUUGCUGAUGUUGACUUACUCAACCAGACU